AAACUGAAAAAUAAAACAUAUGUGAAUAGGCUGUAUGAAUUCUGGAAGCUAAUCUCACUUUUAAUGAUUGUUUUCAGUUACUUCUGUCUCCAAAUGGCAAUCAGGACUCUCAAGAUUACAAAUACGGGUAUGCUUUUUUUAAAAUCACAUGCUAUGCUCUAUGUAGUUUUGCAUGUUUUUUUUCUACUAAAAACAUGGAACAUAUAGGCCUAUUCAUUGAUACAACACUUGGACAAAACACCCAAAUACUAACUCUAUCCACUUUACAGGAUGAAAGAUCUGUUGCAGGAUGCAAGGCCAAUAAAAACAUUCCUGAAUGAGAACCUUCAAGAUGUCAAAAAGAAAAUCAGAGAACUGACACAGAUUACAGAUGAACUGGAGGGUAUGCACAGAAGCACAACCAUUGGCAGUCUGGCUGGCGGAGUCAUGGGUGCUGCUGGUGGAAUCACCACCUUAGCCGGACUCUUUCUGGCUCCCUUCACCUUUGGGGGCUCGCUGAUAGUGUCAGGUAUAGGCAUAGGUGUUGCAGCAACUGGCGGCAUCACCGGUGCAGCUUCCAACAUCACCAAGGCGACUCAGAGCAACACAUUGCAGAACAAAAUCAAAGAUAUCUUGGACUAUUGUGAGACGGUGCUCAAACCUGUCCUGGAGAGUCUCAACAAGGUUCAUUCUACUGUAGAUAGCCUUCAGACUGUAGUUGGUGCAGGGAGAGUUCUCUCAGGUAUCGGUCAGAUAGCUAGACUGUCAGUCCAAGCUGCCAAGGCAGCUGGUGUGGUUGGACGAACAAUUCCUAUUCUUUCCAGCCUCACACUAGUCUUAGAUGUCUUUACAAUUGCUAGUGAUGCCAGAGAGAUACAUCAGAUACGAAAGAGGGAGAAGGGUGAAAGUGUUGACUCCCAGAUGCUCAAGUUCAUUGAUGAGAUGAAGCAGGCAGCAGCGGCAUUGACAGCGGCUGUGGAAGAAAUAGAGAAGAUGAGAGAUGCAAUCGACCUUGCCGUAGGAAUGUAAACAAACUUCAUACACAAGACACCAUGUUCUGUGAUCCAGAAUA